GCCCAGGCUGCGCGCUGCAGAUCAUUAACGCGAGGCGCGUCUCCCCAUCUCCAACUCGCAAAAGCACAUCUAGAAAUGCCACUCGAUAAAGGAAAAUCAAAAGUCCCCACCUUUUUCAGGCCUAAAUUACCCUGGGCCACGCUAAACCCCUCAUCGCAGCAAACAUCUGACCCUUACGAGCCGCUCCCGCAAUCCACGCGACCACAACCGCCUCGAAUACUAGCUGUCGAGAUCCCCCUAAAUGUGCUCCGGCCGGUUGCGUUCAGAGUUUUCACAAAGAAGCACAACUUGACACUCAAGUCCGAUGCGCUAGCACUGCUGUGUUCUUUUGUCGGACGACGAUGCGGUGCCGAGUGGAGGGAUAGUGGCGCAGGAGAAAAGCUGCUGGACGAGGUAGCCCGGCAAUGGCGACGCAACGAGGGCGCUAAUGGGGUGUUGGUUGACGGAGGAGAGGGACUGAAAAGGGUUAUAAGGGGGUUGGAGGUCGGUGGUGAUUCAGUGGGAAUGAGUAGGGAGACAAGUUUUGAUAUAACGGGGGUGCCGUCGAGUGCGUUAUACGACGGCGGUGGAGGUAUCGGUGAUAUUGGAGCAACGGCGCAGGCUAGCGAGCUAGAGGAUGUAGAGCCUUGUGCAUACCUCAAGGUUGUCGAUGCAUUUUCGCAGCCCAAAUUUGCUUAUAAUCCGCUCAAGAAGCAAUUUGAGAAGUAACUCCCUUCAUUUCAUGGUAUGGUAACAGCGAGUCUAAUCUGUAGAUUAGAGCACCAAAACCAUCAUUAUUGCCCCCUCCACAGACGAAGACUCAAUUAUUCCGAACGAGAUACAACCUCCUACACCAGCGCCUUCUCCGAACGGAAGCCUUUCAGCUUCCAACAUUCUCGACAGCUUCCAGCUCUUCUGUGAACAGGUUGACCCCGAUCUCUAAUCUCCUCGGUCGCUCGGGCCAAAGUUUUCUGCUAUUCGGUAUGCUGGGAGUGAGCCCUUCUGGAUUGCUCAUCCUUCUGGAUCCCUCAGGAGAAAUUGUUCUCGAUUUAUCCGUUGCGACAGCCAUCCCCGAAGACGGGUCCUGGUUUACUCCGGGCUGCUUUUGCAUUUUGGAUGGAGCCUUUGAAGAAACUGGGAAGUUUACGGUUUUUACAGUCGGUCAGCCAUCUGCUGAGCGACGGGCGACGUCUGCAGAGGUAUUUGGCCAUGUCGACUUUUUAGGCAAUGGUGUUACGUUGGAUAUGUCUGUCAGUUCUGGCGGUCAGCAAGGGCGUAUUCUGCGGAACGCGGAGAAAUCCCUGGAAGACGUCAAGCACCUUUUUAUCGGAGAAGUGGAAUUGGAUGGUAAGGGCACGUUAGAAGCGCUGAGGAAAGUGUUCUCAGAGUACGAGACGGAACCGCCACUGGUAGUGGUACUCAUGGGAAACUUUUGCACUGUGGCUAUGGGUUCUAGUGGUGGUAGUGUUGGAUAUAAAGGUUUGUAUUGCUUUGUCAAUUUGGGAUGAAAGUUAUUAACAAUAUCAAUAGAAUACUUUGACCAGUUGGCCUCCCUCCUCCAAGACUUUCCAGCUUUGACCUCUUCAAGCACCUUCAUCUUUGUACCCGGUGAUAACGACCCGUGGGCCUCCACCUUCUCUGGCGGCGCUUCAACUACUCUCCCCCGAAAACCCAUCCCCGAAAUCUUCACUACAAGGAUCAAGCGUGUGUUUACACAAUCCCGCAAUUCAAAUUCCGUCGUCUGGGCCAGUAACCCCUGCCGAAUAGGCUACUUCACCCAAGAAAUGGUGAUAUGCCGCGACGACAUUUUCAGCCGUUUCCAGCGCAAUGCAAUCAACUUUAAAAAACCCGAUCAUCCAAUGGAAGACGCAUUAUCCCAGCCAGAAGCAACAGGAGAUGGGGAAGGUGGGGUCGACGUUGAGACCAAGAACGUGAGGAAGUUAGUCAAGACGAUAAUAGACCAAGGCUUCCUAUCUCCAUUCUCCAUCCCCACCAGACCGAUUUUAUGGGAUUAUUGGCAUACUCUUAGCCUUUACCCGCUACCUAGCACUGCAAGUUCCCCUUGAACUUGCAUUGUUUCUUUGCGGGGCGCAGCUAACAGGACAAUAGCUCGUCAUCGCGGAUCCGAGAAUGCAACCAUUUGUGAUUACGUACGAAUCCUGCCAUGUAAUGAACCCUGGGAAAUUGGUGCAGAGGAGGAUGGCCCGGUGGGUGGAGUAUUCGCCGUCAAUCGGGAAGGGGAAGGUGUGUCAGGUAGGGUUUUAAGGGAGGGAAUUGUAAUUUAUGAUACCACGGCGUCCAUGCGGGCAUAAUAUCUUAGAUAAUAGACCAGAUCCCUUUCGAGGCUCUGAUUUCUGCGUUGCGAUUGGCACGCAGUUACCGGUUUUCUUCCGCGGCAGGUGCUAGCGGUGAAUAUACUGGUAUUAUGGUUGUGCGUUAAGGAGUUACCAACAAAUUUGGCAGCGAAACGUGGGGCCCGGGAUUUGCCCCGGAGUACUGGAAAUUCCGACACAGCAUCCCGGUUCUGGGCGUUGGUGGGGUAGGGAAGUCCUUGAUACUCUGGUUGCGAAAAUAAGCCUCAAUAUGACCGGAGAGUAUAAUCCUCUCUAGACUCGUGGCGCUCGACUUGAAAGUCAGACACAAUUCCCUGAACGGAAUUUAUCGUAAAUCGUAUAUAUGACUUGUAGGACUCUCCGUGUACACAUCCACCAGCGGUGGGGGUUGAGGAUCCCCGCUGCCGUGCCAGGUAUGGUGGUGAAAACAUUUGGGAAUUGGGAGUUAUACUAUUACUUCACACGGAUGUAUUAGCAUUAUGUUACUGGGUGCGUGAUCUUUACGUCGGUUUUGGGCAUCUCCGUUAUUUAUUCCUGGGAGUAGCCUGGCUGUAUGCUCUCUGGGUUUGUAUUUACCUACCCGCCUGAUUUCCAGUGCUAUGGGAUCCCGGUUCUUGGAUCUGCCAUCCUAGUUAUUGGUUGUUAUCGGUGGUAUUUCUGUUAAUGUGGUCCUAUUCUGUAGCUUUUCCUCCUAUCAUAUUGGGCAUCCACGGCCGCGGUGAGGCACUAUCUCCCAUCUGAGGUUACGGUGAAUCCAUCCAUCCAUGAAAAUGGCCAGGGAAGCAGGAAAACCCCCACGUCA